CACUCCAAUAGGAUCGGUCCGGAAGAAUCCUCUGUCUAGAAGCGCUUUUCAACCCCCGAGCCCAAGCAAACCAAACCCGAUUACCCGCCCAAUCAAAUACAAGUCAAAUCAGAACCAGCCCACCCACUCAGUCAGUUUCCAAAAAACCCUAAUUUCUCCAGAGCCACUCCCAUAUAUAUAUAUAUGCUUCCAUAAUUUUCCUCCGCCUCUCUGCCUCUUCUGCUUCUGCUAACAUACAGAGAGCGAGAGAGAGAGAGAGAGAGAGAGAGAGAGAGAAAGAAGAAGAAAAAUGGGAGAGUCUUUGGUACUACGGGGAACAAUGAGGGCCCACACCGACUGGGUGACGGCAAUCGCCACCCCUAUCGACAACUCCGACAUGAUUGUGACAGCAUCCCGCGACAAAUCCAUCAUCCUAUGGCAGCUCACCAAGGAGGACAAGGUCUACGGCCUCCCCAGGCGCCGCCUCACGGGGCACUCCCACUUCGUCCAGGACGUCGUCCUCUCUUCCGACGGCCAGUUCGCCCUCUCCGGGUCGUGGGACGGCGAGCUCCGCCUCUGGGACCUGGCCGCCGGCACCACCGCCCGCCGCUUCGUGGGACACACCAAGGACGUGCUCUCCGUGGCCUUCUCCAUCGAUAAUCGCCAGAUUGUCUCCGCCUCGCGUGAUCGCACUAUCAAGCUCUGGAACACCCUAGGUGAGUGCAAGUACACAAUCCAAGAUGGUGACGGACACUCCGAUUGGGUCAGCUGUGUCCGAUUCAGCCCUAACACGCUCCAACCAACCAUCGUCUCCUCUUCGUGGGAUCGUACUGUUAAGAUCUGGAACCUAUCCAACUGCAAGCUGAGGUCCACCCUUGCCAGCCACUCUGGCUAUGUCAACACAGUGGCAGUGUCCCCUGAUGGCUCACUUUGCGCGAGCGGAGGGAAAGAUGGGGUCAUCUUGCUGUGGGACCUAGCUGAGGGGAAGAGGCUUUACUCGCUCGAUGCGAGCUCCAUCAUCCAUGCUCUUUGCUUCAGCCCCAACAGGUACUGGCUCUGCGCGGCUACUGAGGCUAGUAUCAAGAUAUGGGAUUUGGAGAGCAAAACCAUAGUUGUGGAUCUCAGGGUCGAUGCAAAGCAGGAGGCUGAGAUGAAUGAAGGCGGUGCUACCCAAUCAUCUGGCGUCAAAAACAAGGUCAUAUACUGCACAAGCUUGAGUUGGAGUGCUGAUGGAAGCACUUUGUUCAGUGGCUAUACUGAUGGCAUAAUCAGAGUUUGGGGAAUUGGUCGUUAGUGAAAUGCUAAUAUGGAUAACCUGAGUGCAUUUUGUUAUAGUGUUUUUAAGUUGGGUUUCUGUUGAGAUGUUGGCAGGAUAUUUGGAUUCUCCAUGUUUUAAUGGCUUUGAAGCAUAUGCUGUUUCGGUUUUGGAUAUUUUGUAAGGUUAUAUGAUACAUUUGGUUUCGACUC